AUGCAACGAAGAUUAAGGAAGCUGUGGGGUGGUGUCGAGGAAAGUACGGCUAAGGAUUCGAUGAAGGUUCCGCCAGAUCAACUGAGUGUCCUGAACGAGAAAGGAGAACAUAUCCCUCACUACAUACUCGGUCCUUACAACGAAGGAUCCACCAUUCACAUCACCUGCGUCUCGACCGGAGGUCGUCCCCUCCCCAAGGUGACCUGGUGGCUGGAGAACGCCCUCUUGGAUGACUCUUACGAGGUGAUAUCCGACAGGAAGGUGAGGAACGUGCUGACGGUUAGCGGCCUCGAAAGGCGCCACCUCCACGCUGUCUUCACCUGCCAGGCCUCCAAUAACAACAGACUAGCCCCCAUCGCCAGCUCGGUAUCACUCGACAUGAACCUACGAGCUCUGUGGGUGAAACUCCUUGGGGAAAAUCGGCCCCUCAGCAGUGACACGACUUACGAAAUUUCUUGUGAAGUUGUUGGUGCUAGACCUACACCAAUAAUUACAUGGUGGAAAGGCAGUGUUCAACUUCGAAACACCAGAGAGACAACUAGCACUGAUGGAAAUCGUACAGUCAGUACAUUAAUCCUUUCACCAAACAUGGAAGAUUCUGGGAAAUUUUUGUCCUGUCGAGCAGUGAAUUCUCGAAUUCCAGGAUCUGGAAUUGAAGAUGGAUGGAAAUUAAAUAUAUAUCAUGUGCCCAUUGUAACUUUAGAGCUUGGUAGUAACCUCAAUGGCAGUUGGAUUAGAGAAGGUGUUGAUGUGUACUUUGAGUGUAAUAUAAAGUCCAACCCAUGGGUGUAUCGUGUGAGUUGGCGACAUAAUGGCAAAACUGUCACUAACAACCCAAAUGGAGGUACAAUAUUGGCCAAUCAAAGUUUAGUUCUACAGACUGUAAGUCGCGCUAGAGCUGGUAUUUACACUUGCGUAGCUAGUAAUCAAGAAGGAGAUGGGGAAAUUUCACCAGUUUGCCGACCUGGUCAGGCUAAUGUUGUAGGAGUAGGAAAAGGUGAAACUGUUAAAAUAUCAUGUGAAAUUGAAUCUAACCCCUUUCCUAUGGAAUAUAUUUGGAGGUUUAAUAACACAGGAGAAAGCAUUGAAAUUUCUAACUCAAGAUAUACCUCUGAAGGUAGUCACAGUAUUGUUACCUACACUCCUAAUACAGAACAUGACUUUGGAACACUAUUGUGUUGGGCAAAAAACCAACUUGGUCUCAUGCAUCAGCCUUGUGCUUACCACAUAAUUCCUGCUGGUCGUCCAGAUUCACUUCUUAACUGCUCAUUAAUCAACCAAACUGAGAUAUCGUUGGGGGUUGAAUGUUCUGAAGGAUUUGAUGGCGGUUUGCCACAACAAUUUGUGAUGGAAGUUUUUGAGUCAAGAAAAAAGAUGUUAAUCGCAAAUAUAACUUCCUCAACCCCUACUUUAACCGUUGCAGGUUUACCUCCUGGAUUGGAAUUUGAUGUUAAUGUUUAUGCAUCAAAUAGUAAAGGCAAGAGUGACUCUGUAAUAAUCCACACCUAUACCUUGAAAUCUCCUCAAAAAAGAACAGAAUUUCAAGGAACUAACGAAAAAUCUGUUGAAACGUCCAAUAUGACACUUUAUCCAAGUGAAAUGAGAAUUGAAACAUCAAUUAAACCAAAGAAGGGAGAGGUUACCUAUGCAGAACUUAGUUUGGCAGGAACUUGUAAUGCAUAUUCUGAAUUACUUUCCCCUGGUGGUGAACCAACUGUAUACGCUCAAAUUGAGCCAGGAAGUCAUAUUAAUCACAUUUCUCAGCAUACUACGGUAUAGAUUUAUCCUAUAUGUUAGUAUGCAUGAUGUGUCAGGUCAAUAUCUGUGAUACGUUGGAUAGAGUCUGUAUUCCUGGACGUGGUGGAACUAUAACUGCUACAAGAUUUUGACAGACAGAAGAAAAACCAUGGACAAUCACAGAAAUGUUGUAAUUUAAAAAAAAAAAAUGAAAUUU